AUGCCUUCCCAAGUCACCGACAUCAAAGAGUUCCUUGAGAUUGCGCGGAGAAAGGAUGCGAAGUCCGCCCGCAUAAAGCCCGCCAAAAAAUCCGCCUCAGUCCGCACCUCCAAGUCCAAGACCGCCGGCGGCAAGGAGCAGAUCAAAUUCAAGAUCCGGGCCUCGCGCCACCUGCACACCCUCAUCCUGACGGACAAGGUCAAGGUCGACAAGAUCAAGCAGAGCUUGCCUCCCAACCUCACUGUGACCGAGGUCGGCGGCAAGGAGAAGAAGACGAAGAAGUAG